AUGGGAGACGUCGCCGUGGAGAAUCCGGCCAACAGCGUCACGCCUCUCCCGAAGCCGGGCGCCCUUGAUGCCCUCGCCAACCUGGAUUCGCUAGAGGGAGCUGGAGCGGACGGAAACGAUGAAUAUGCCACCUUGAAACGGCUACAGAGACACUUGGAAUACAUUCAGCUGCAGGAAGAAUACAUCAAGGACGAGCAAAGGAGUUUGAAGCGAGAGCUUGUCCGGGCACAAGAAGAGAUCAAACGGAUACAGAGCGUGCCAUUGGUGAUUGGACAGUUCAUGGAGGCUAUUGACCAGAAUACCGGCAUCGUCCAAAGUUCAACCGGCUCUAAUUACGUUGUCCGCAUCCUGUCCACGCUUGAUCGCGAGAAGUUGAAGCCCUCUUCAUCGGUCGCACUCCACCGUCACUCCAACGCCCUGGUCGAUAUCCUCCCGCCCGAGGCAGACUCUUCAAUUGCCAUGCUGGGCGAGAACGAAAAGCCAGAUGUGACUUAUGCCGAUGUGGGUGGUCUGGACAUGCAAAAGCAAGAGAUUCGGGAGGCGGUUGAGUUGCCAUUGACGCAUUUCGACCUCUACCGCCAGAUCGCUGACCGGACCACACAGGUAUCGAUCCGCCUCGUGGUGUUGUUGUAUGGUCCUCCUGGUACCGGCAAGACCAUGUUGGUCAAGGCUGUGGCCAACAGCACCACCGCCAGCUUCAUUCGUGUGAAUGGCUCUGAGUUUGUGCAGAAGUAUUUGGGUGAAGGUCCGCGUAUGGUCCGUGACGUCUUCCGUAUGGCGCGGGAAAAUUCGCCCGCCAUCAUCUUCAUUGACGAGAUUGACGCCAUCGCCACCAAACGUUUCGAUGCCCAGACUGGUGCCGAUCGUGAAGUGCAGCGUAUUCUACUGGAGCUGCUGAACCAGAUGGACGGCUUCGAGCAGACCAGUAAUGUCAAGGUGAUCAUGGCCACCAACCGGGCCGAUACUUUGGAUCCGGCCUUGCUGCGUCCCGGUCGUUUGGAUCGAAAGAUUGAAUUCCCCUCCCUGCGUGACCGUCGCGAACGCCGCCUUAUCUUCUCCACCAUUGCCUCGAAGAUGUCGCUGUCUCCGGAGGUGGAUCUGGACUCAUUGAUCGUCCGCAAUGAACCGCUGUCGGGCGCCGUCAUUGCCGCGAUCAUGCAAGAGGCCGGCCUUCGAGCAGUGCGCAAGAAUCGAUACAAUAUCAUCCAGAGCGAUCUGGAGGAUGCGUAUGCGGCGCAGGUCAAGAGUGGCCAUGAGGAUGAUCGCCUCGACUUCUACCGUUAA